UUCCCGUAUUCACGGCGACGGAGAGAGCGCCUUUUCCACCAGUUGUGGAUCUACCUGCUCCUUACAUGUGGUGUAAUGACUCUGAUCCUGAUUACCCUAUUUCGAGAAAAGGAAAGAUUUGUGGUAACUUUGUCUACUUCACAGAAAAUAUGCUCUUUUUUAAGUACCAUUAUACCAAUAUUAUUGUGCAUUUCGAUUUGAAAGGAGCACCGCCAAAAGUCGGUUAUUUUCUCUCACUCUUGCAGCUGGUAGCGGAUGCUGGAGCUACAGGGAUACUCAUAGAAUGGGAGGAUAUGUUUCCAUGGUCAGGUGAACUAGAAAUGGUGAAAAGUACCAAUGCUUACACAGUCAAGGAAGUGCAUCAUAUUCUCAAGAGAGCCCAGUAUGUGCUUCGAAAUAAUAUACGAGUGUACUAA